UCGUGUUUCUGUGAAAGCACUCCAGAGUUGUGCAGAGUUUCCUCGGGGCACUAGGACUUCUCUUUGUGUUGGGUUGGGAUCCAUUUGCAUGCGACCCACCUCCUAGUCCUGGAUUGGUUGGAGCUGCGCCGGCAUGGGGAAGCACAUUUCCAAACUUUGUCAUUUGGAGGAAAACUUGUCUGAGUUGAGGAUGAACUGAGAGGCAGGACGCCAGCAGCUGUUUGAGUGAGUAAUAGGUAGAGAGAGGCUGUGAGUUUAAAAAGAGAUGUGAUGAUAUCUUAAUUUUAGGUUUCUGCAUUUUUUUUAAAUUUUUUUAGUUUUUUGUUGCACAAAGCCAGCAGUUUGCCACAGUUAUGGGGUUGUGGGUGUUUAUCAAGUAGGAAGAAAUCUGUUUUUUUUUAACAUUAUCAGUGUUUUAUUUGGCAAAACAGACAUUUUUUUCUUCUCCCAAAAAUAAUUCAGUGAUUAAUUUAAAGCUUAGAGUUCUUUUUUUGAGACACCUUUUAGACAAAAUAUGUCAGUUCAGUGAGUAGGUGAAUGAAACGUUUUACUCUACAUCAUGAAGCUGCUGACUCUGGUUCUGGUUCAGAGUCUUUGCUUGGAGAUUUUCUCCUUUGAGUCAUCUUCGAUAACUAUUCAGUAUCGUGUUUGGGAGGAGCAGCCCAUAGGAACACAGGUCGGCCGUCUGGUGGACGACCUUCGCCAGAGGGAUGAAGUUGGUCUUCUGGAGGAUUUCCACGUGGUGGAGCAGGGAAAGGCCCUUCCUUUUUCUGUAACCCCCCGGGAUGGGGUUGUCUCCACCCAGGGCCGGCUCGACAGGGAGGAGCUGUGCCGUGGAUCGGACCUGUGUGAGGUAGCCUUCAGCGUCCUCUACAGGAAAAGUGGAGUGAUGAACUGCUUGAGAGUUCGUGUGGAGGUGAUGGACCUGAAUGAUCACAGCCCCAGCUUCUCCAGUGAUCUACAGGAAGUGGAGAUCUCAGAGACUGCCGGCCUUCGGAUGAGAAUCCCUUUAGACCGAGCAAUUGAUCCUGAUGCAGGACCCAAUGGCCUCCAGACCUACUCUCUGUCGGUCAACUCACACUUUGCUUUAGAUGUGUCAUCUGCUCCAGGAGGGACAAAACAGGCAGAGCUUGUGGUAAUCAAAGAACUAGACAGAGAGUCUCAAGACUUCUUUGACCUCACCUUGGUGGCAUACGAUAAAGGAAAUCCACCAAAUUCUGGGAGUACAUUAGUUCGGGUUAUAAUCCAAGACUCUAAUGACAAUAGUCCAACUUUUGAAGACAGCAGUCCCUCUGUCACACUAAGUGAGGAUACAGACCUUGGAACAACUAUCAUCAAGCUAAAAGCCACUGACCCGGACCAAGGUGCCAAUGGAGAGGUGAAGUACUCAUUCAGUAGGCACUCUCGCCAAGAGGUUCAAAAACUCUUCCAUGUAGAUUCCCAAACUGGAGACGUGAUUGUAAAGGCUCCCCUGGAUUAUGAAAACCAGUCAUCGUAUGAGUUAAUCAUACAGGCCACUGACAAUGGUCCCAAUGGGAUCCCAGCUCACUGUAUACUGCAUAUUAAACUCACAGAUGUUAAUGAUAACGCACCAAGGAUUCACACCACCUGGACCUCACCUUCCUCAGCUGUUGCUACCGUGCAGGAAGGAGCUGCAUUAGACACUUAUCUUGCUCUAGUGACAGUUUACGAUGCAGAUUCUGGAGAAAAUGGAAAAGUGAGUGCAUCCAUUCAGGAAGGAUCUGGCCCUUUCCGCCUGAAACAGAUCCAUGGUGACAAUUACAUGAUUGUUACCAGUGGGUACUUGGAUCGAGAGAAGGUUAUGAACUAUAAUAUCACACUUCUUGCUCAGGAUCACGGAACUCCUGCUUUGUCCUCCAUUGAACGUUUGCCUGUUUCUGUUCUGGAUGAAAAUGAUAACGCCCCCGUGUUUUCUACCUCCCUUUAUAAAAUGUCCUUUAAAGAAAACAAUGUUGCUAACUACAAAGUUCUCCAAGUUAAAGCCAGUGAUGAUGACUUGACACUGAAUGGAAAAGUGUCCUACUCCAUCAAAAAACCAAAUGAUCAGAAGGCAAAAAUAAAUUAUUUUUCCAUUCACCCAACAUCUGGAAUCAUAAUGGUCCACCACCCUUUGGACUUUGAAGAAUCUAGCACCUUCUCUUUCAUUGUCACAGCUGUGGACCAUGGACAUCCACCACUUACAGGUACAACCACUGUUCAGAUUGACCUUGAGGAUGUAAAUGACAACAACCCAGUCAUCAAAGAGCCAAAACCAAGGAAAGGGGUUGUUUCUGUAAGUGUACCAGUCAAUGCAUACAAAGGGGAAAUCGUGGCUGAACUUGGGAAUGGCACAGGAAGUGGAGCAACCAAGUUUCCAGUUCAUCACUCAGUCAAAGAAGGAUUCACUGGAUUUCUUGCAUCGACAAUAAAAGCUGAGGAUCUAGAUUCAGGACUCAAUGGAAACCUGAAGUACCUCAUCACUAACACAAAUGGCCUCUUCUGGAUGCAUCAGUCUACAGGCCAGCUAUUUGUCAAUAUCACCAAUGCCACUGAGCUCAUUGGGAGAACAUUCAAAAUGGACCUUAUUGUGUCUGACAUGGGCACUCCCAGUUUGGCCACUAAAGCAACUCUAGAGGUGACUUUCAUUAACCUCAAGGACCACCUCAGGAACUCAUCCCCUGGAAGCCAAGGGCAGCUCAGCUUCACUGUGAUGAUUGCAAUUUGCCUAGGUGCUACAUGCCUGCUCCUUCUGCUGGCCAUUGCUUUGGUGACAACAUUUUGCCGCCCUGAGAAACGGGACAAUCGAGCUUACAACUGCAGACAGGCUGAAUCCAGCUACACCCGCCACCCCCGACGGCCACAGAAAAACAUAAGAAAAUCUGACAUCCAGUUAAUUCCCGUCAUCCGAGGGCGAAGAGAGGAGCCACUUGAGGAGGACAGUGAGGUCCAGGCGCUGACUUCACCUCCACUUUCAGAAGAUCAAAGAACAGAGAGGGAGUACAACUUCAUACCAUCAAGCUUCCAUUCCCAAGGCUACCCAAAUGCGGACAUCUCUCAACAUGUCACCCACUAUAGUAAAACACUCAGGAAACCCGGAAACAUAGAACUAGAUGGCACUUUGCCUUUGACACCAGCCACAUCAUAUCAGACUUUGAGCAAAUCCAGAAAUCCUUCAUCAUCAUCCUCUUUAGUCUCACAUUUCAGCACUUUGAAGCGGAAUAAACUGCACCCUGAAGGUGACAAGACAAAUUCACCAAUCUCAGCAUCUCAGACAACUUUAAGGAGGCCAAAGACAUCAGAAAGUCGAGGAGAUGCAGAACAUAGACAAAUGCUUCACAACUUGGUUCGUCUCUCCAUGGCUGCAUUUGGAGACUCCAUUGAGCUUUCCUCAGCUUCUCCAGAAGUACAGCAGAUCUCCCAGCUCCUCUCCCUCCUCCGACAGGGUAAGCUGCAGCCAAGGACAAACUUCCGUGGAAACAAGUACUCCCACCGUAACGGCAGAUAUGGAGGCCAGGACUGCUCGGACUGGCAGAGCACCAAAGACAGUGGACACGGUGAGAGUGAGGCCGGAGACAUGGACUGGGAACCUGGCCGAGACUCACUCAUAGAUCCACAACUGGAUGAGGGGCUCAACAACCUGCUAAACCACUCAGAUGAUGUUUUUGCUGAGGUCAGCGACCCUGCCUGGAUGGCCAGACUCUCUCUUCCUCUCUCCGCUGAUUACCACGACAACGUUUUCAUCCCCAACAGCCCUCCGUCCACUGAAAGCGAGCUCCAACCACGCGAUGGCCUAAAUUCUACCUCCUCUUUCUCCACCUUUGGUAAGACUCUGGAGAAGGACGACCCACUGGGUGGAGCCCUGCUGUCUGAGGUCAGCACCCUGUUUGAGAUGCUGAUGACUCAGAAGGCCGAUGCCCACCCGGGCCCUCGACCCGAUGUUCUGUACAGACUGUCAGCAGCGUACUGCCGCUCCCUGGGACUGGAUGCCACCACGUCAUCAGUAGUUAACACCCAACAGAACAGUUCUGAAAGGAGGCUGAACCCAGCACCGCCAUCACAGUUUUAUCAGUAGAUCUGAAGCUUUCUCCUGAAACGACACUGGAAGAGACUGACAUAUGGGAACCGGGGGAAUGUCGGAACUUCAAAGCCAUUGUGUGACAAAUCCAUGAUCUGAAUAUCUGUAAGUGUAAAUAUGAUGAACUGCUACGUGCUGAGUGACAACUGAUGAGUUGUUUCACGCGGUUACGGAUUGAAGACCCCAUUUAAAGAAACCUGUCACCAAAGAUAUAAUCUUAUGAUCUGAAACAUGUUUUAAAUAAUGUAGAGAUAAAGAAAAUAUAAUUUCUGGUAUUAAAAAUGACUUUCUUCUAAAUUUCUCUGACACAAGGAGGUACUGGGUGUGGAGUUAGUUGUCAGUAAUCCACGCCGCUAGAUCUACUAACGUCUCAGUGAGCAGUAACUGUUAUGUGCUUCAAAAACCAAACUGUUGCCUUAAAUAGACUGACAUCCUUCUUUUAAUGCAUGUAAACCCAUUAGUCUGGCUGAAGGUGAACUGAUUAUACUUGAGCUGAAGUACCCGGAUAUUGUGGUUUGAAACCAACUUCCUCUGCAGGCGAACGGCUCAGUCGAGCUGGUACCGGUUGAACAAUCGCCUUCUUAAUCCAUACGAAAUUAUAUAAGCGAUGCUCUGACAUCGCCACAAAGUAACACGUGUAACACCAUCAAACAGUACAGUACGUACCAAGUAA